AUGACGCCAUUGCUACAAGCGGUAAGGAGAAAGAAAAUUGAUUUGAUAUCAGAAUUCUUCUUAGUUUGCUCCGAGAGCAUCGUGGACGCAAACGUGAACGGAGAAAACGCUCUUCACAUAGCUGUAAAGAACGAAGACCAAAGAGAAGGAUUAAUAGUUCUCAAAGUUCUCAUGGGAUGGAUCCUAAGAUUAUGUCAAAAAGAUGCAGAGUUGAUCGAAACAAGAGUCAUAAACAGAAGAGACAAAGAUGGUAACACGGCUUUACAUCUGGCAGCGUACGAGAACAAUAUCCAAGCUACGAAACUGAUGUUGAAAAGCUCCAAGAUUAACGUAAACAUCGAGAACAACGAUGGUUUAACUGUUGUCGACAUUGCCGUAUUACAGAGACAUGGAGCUGUAGAGAGAAAGGUUAAGAGACAUGGAGGAAAACGUUCGGUUUCUCUGGUUAAGAUUAAGACAACAUCGGAUAUACUCGGCUCGCGGCUUACAUGGAGAGAAUCAAGAAGGACGAGGAUGAUUCGGUCUUAUUCUUGGAUCUCUGAAGAAAUAAGAAACGCGCUUUUAGUAGCCGCAACUCUGAUAAUCACAGCUACUUAUCAGACCGUUCUCCAGCCUCCAGGAGGCGUUUACGAUAGUGGUGAAAGCGGUGGUGGAACCAACGGUACAAAAGCGGGUUCGGUGGUUAUGGGAGAGGGAUACUUUAUACUGUUAUGGUUAUGGAAUAGUGUGGGUUUCUACUUAGCCACGACAUUGACGCUGGUUUUGUUGAGUUUAGGGCAAGAGAGUAUGUUUUGGUAUUACCCUCUGUUUAUUCCUUUGCUCUUCGCUUACUAUGUUGCGGGGAAUGUGAUCUCGCCGAACUCGAGCGUGUCCCAUAUCGCAAAUGUGGGUGCGCUCGUGGUUCUGAUACUUUGGGGUUUGGUGGUUAGGUUUUGGGAAUGGGUGCAAUUUAAGCGAGCCAAGGUGCGUGGACCCAAGAGUGGAUUGGUUUGGGAAGGUUUCACUACGUUGGAUCAAGCUAGAGGUGUUGCACCUAAAGGGUAUGUCAUUAGGUGA